UGGCGCCUCCUGCAGGCCCAGAGCGGGACGCCUUAAUUUACAUGAACUUCAUGAAGAACCACAGCUGCUAUGAUGCUAUUCCUACCAGCUCCAAGCUCGUCAUCUUUGACACCGCACUGCAGGUGAAGAAGGCUUUCUUUGCUCUGGUGGCUAACGGCGUACGAGCAGCACCGCUGUGGGACAAGAAGCUCAAAUGUUUUGUAGGAAUGCUGACCAUCACAGACUUCAUCAACAUUCUCCAUCGUUAUUACAAGUCUCCUCUGGUUCAGAUAUAUGAGUUGGAGGAGCACAAGAUAGAGACGUGGCGAGAGAUCUAUCUGCAGUACUCCACCAACAGGCUCAUCAGCAUCACUCCCGAGGCCAGUCUGUUUGAUGCCAUCUACUCACUGUUAAAGAACAAGAUACACCGACUUCCUGUCAUCGACCCGGCAUCAGGGAACGUCCUCCAUAUCCUGACACACAAGCGCAUCCUCAAGUUCCUCCACAUAUUUGGUUCUAUGAUUCCAAAGCCGUGGUUCCUGCAGAAACGGAUCAGUCAGCUGGCUAUCGGUACCUUUAAGCAGAUCGCAACAGUGCAGGAAUCUGCGUCGGUCUAUGACGCUUUAAGCAUCUUUGUGGAGCGACGAGUGUCUGCUCUGCCUGUCGUCAAUGAGCAAGGUAAAGUGGUGGCGCUAUACUCCAGAUUUGAUGUCAUUAAUCUCGCAGCCCAGAAGAACUACAACAACUUGGACAUGACCAUGACAGAGGCUGUUGCCUCCAGAGCCUGCUGCAUGGAAGGAGUACUCAAAUGUUAUCCUCAUGAAACCUUAGAGACCAUCAUUGACCGGAUUGCUAAAGCUGAGGUGCAUCGCUUGGUGUUGGUUGACGCCAAGGAUGUGGUGAGAGGGAUCGUCUCACUGUCGGACCUCCUCCAGGCCCUGGUCCUCAGCCCAGCAGGUAUUGACGCACUGUGCACCUAA